GCACCGGACGGUGACACUCAGCCAAGCACGGAGGUAGAUCUCUUCAUCUCGACGGAGAAGAUCAUGGUUCUCAACACCGAUCUGAAGGAGAUCAUGAUGGAUCACGCGUUACGCACGAUUUCGUACAUAGCGGACAUCGGUGAUCUGGUAGUGCUGAUGGCACGGCGACGCUUCGUGCCGCACGAAAUGGAAGAGGUACCAAAGAUCAACCGAACUCCGAAGAUGAUAUGCCACGUUUUCGAAAGCGAGGAGGCUCAAUUUAUAGCACAAAGUAUCGGACAAGCAUUCCAAGUAGCUUACAUGGAGUUCCUAAAGGCAAACGGGAUAGAGGAUCAUAGCUUCGUUAAGGAGAUGGAUUACCAGGAGGUGCUCAAUUCGCAGGAGAUAUUCGGCGACGAGCUGCAGAUGUUCGCGAAGAAGGAGAUGCAGAAAGAGGUAGUGGUACCGAAGGCGAAGGGAGAGAUCCUCGGUGUUGUGAUCGUUGAGUCCGGAUGGGGCUCGAUGCUGCCAACCGUAGUCAUAGCGAAUCUGGCGCCGGCCGGUGCCGCCGCACGUUGCGGCCAGCUUAACAUUGGCGAUCAGAUAAUAGCGAUUAACGGCGUAUCGUUAGUCGGCCUGCCUUUGUCCACGUGUCAGACUUACAUAAAGAACUCGAAGAAUCAAACGGUCGUCAAGCUGACUGUCGUGCCGUGUGCACCUGUGGUCGAAGUGAAAAUCAAGAGACCCGACACGAAGUAUCAGUUAGGAUUUAGUGUACAGAACGGGGUGAUAUGUAGUCUAUUGAGGGGUGGUAUCGCCGAGCGGGGCGGCGUACGAGUGGGCCAUAGGAUAAUUGAAAUCAAUAAUCAGAGUGUUGUUGCUGUACCGCACGAAAAGAUUGUUAAUCUCCUGGCUACGUCAGUGGGAGAG